AUUCCUUUUGGAUAUAGUGAUGACAUAGAUUUCUGAAGAUGGUCUCUUGAUUGAAAAGAUUAUUUGAAAACAUUAUCUCCAAAGUGAAGUGCGUACGCUUAAAAGACUUAAGGCCCCUACAUGUAUUAGCCCAAUGAGCGCAUGCUGAAAAGGAACCACUGGCGUAGCACAAACUAUAUGGACCGGCGGGAUUUCAUAGAUUUGUGAACAUGGCUUCUUAAUAAAAAAAAGGUUUUAUUCUGGAAACGAGAGACAAGGAUUGCUUGAAAAUAUGGAUUAUCUGCAAAGUGGAGUACGGACACUUAAAAGACACAGUAUAUCGAAUAUAAGUGAUGCAAUCAGGAACCAUAUACACAGGGAUUCCUUCGCUGGACUGGGGAGACACCUAUUCUCAUCAAGCAGGGCAAAUGAUUUUCCACUGACAAAUGCCGACUUUAAAAGUGUGUCGGCGGCUGUUGUCCACUUGUUCCAGAAGAAGAAGUUACAAGAAAAUGAACUUUCAACUUUGCAAGAAUCUAUCAGGAACCUAAUGACGACUGAAGCGGCUCCUUUGAUCUAUGACUACUAUAAGGACAAACUAAUAAGAAAGGGAAUGGUUAUAUUGAGAGAAAACAUUAAACAUGAAACAGGAAUGUCACUAUUAACAAAAUUGGGAGAAGAGUGGAACUAUUUCUACGGGGAAAUCUUACCAGUGUUGCAAGCACUCUUGUACCCUGUGAAAACGAAAACAUUAACGGUAAGAGAGGUGGCUUUACUGGAAUUUAGAAACACAGUUCUUCUCAAAUUACCUGUUAAAGACGCUUUGCAAGAAUUUUCACAGUCUGAUCCGAAAUCUCCCGCUACACAACAGAUGUUGUUAGUUUUGCACGGUGUUCACGAGUAUCCAUACACAGAUAACUCUAUAGAGUUAGAGAAACUGGUUGCCAGAAUAAUUUCCCCUCAUUUAGGAAUUAUGGGAUUGUACUGCGGUGGCAGUGAGCCUGAGAUAAAAAGUAAUUUCAAACCAACGCCAAGACUUCCAAUACCUGUGAUACAGAUCUCAGACGACACGACUGAAUCAGACGACGAAAUAACGCAAGUAGACCCAAGAUUGAAGAGAGCAGGUCUUUCUCCACAGGCACUCCGCUUACAGCACAAAAGAAGUUCGGGACUACUUUACCAUCCCCUGCUAGCAGCAGUUAGAGAACAAGACAGAGGCCAAAUGAGGAGAUACAGUAUAGCCACCUCCUGACAAGUAACCUUGCAGCUAGGAGAUACAGUAUAGCCACCUCCUGACAGGUAACCUUGCAGCUAGGAGAUACAGUAUAGCCACCUCCUGACAGGUAACCUUGCAGCUAGGAGAUACAGUAUAGCCACCCCCUGACAGGUAACCUUGCAGCUAUUUAAGAACAAAACAGAGUCAAGAUCAGGAGAUAUCGUAAAGCCACCAACAGACAGGCUGUCAUCUUUUCACUGUUAAAGAACAAGACAGAGAUCAGAUCAGGAGGUACAAUAUUGCUACCUUUUGACAGACUAACAUCUUCACACUGUUUAACAACAAGGCAGAGUUGGAUCAGGAGAUAUAGUAAAGCUACCGCCCGACAGGCUGUCAUUUCGCCACUGUUUAAGAACAAGACAGGGUCAGAUUAGGAGAGCUACCACCCGAAGGGCUGUCAUACUAAUACUGUUAAAGAACACAACAGGGGUCAUAACAGGAUGUACAGUAUAGCCACUUCUUCACAGACGUAUACCUUGCAGCUGUUAAGGAACAAGACAGUGACCAGUUCAGGAGAUAUCGUAUACAGCCAUCACGUGACAGGCUGUCUACCUGCUGCUGUGUUCAAUACAUCAACGUUAAAUUAGUGCAAUUUCAACAGAGCAACAUGACCAGCAAUUCUGACAUUUGCGUUUUGCUUUGGAUCAGUUAAAGUUUGGACCUUGGUAGUUCAUGAGGUGCUGUUAAAAGAUUUGUGAAAACCAAAGUCUUUUACCUUCAAUGCGGAACUACUUAUGUCAAAGCGACACUUCUGUAAUGCGCAGUCUAACCAGUGCGACAAAUUAAAGUGAGCCAUUAAGCCAGAAUGUUCACGGAAACACAGGAUUAAACUUUGUGAUUUUUACUCAGCAAAAACUAGCUGAGAUGUGUACUGUGUAGUACAAAAAAAUGGAAGCUUUUAACGCGAUAUCCUCGGACAGAUUGCGUUUGAAUGAUAUAUGCAGUAAUUAAACUUUAAAAAAGAAAUGAAGUGUGCAUACAGGUGCUCAGGGAAACUGCGCAAAGGGCAAAAUGAAUUGUCAUCUUGCCUACAAAAUGUAUUGAUCUCAUUUUCGCGUGAACAAUUUUUUGUUUUGUUGUAUUACACACAUACCAUAAGGCGAUUUGUCGUCAUGUGUGGUGUUUGAUAUGAACGGAUAGAUUGACAGUACCUUAACUUUCAAAGUUUAAAAGAACAUAAAGAUACUGCAAUUUGAUUAUGAAAUUCUGUAUUCAAGAAAUUCGUGGCACUUCAUAGUAAAAUAUGUUAUACUCAGUAUUGGUGUUAAUCUUGUAAUGCAUAAGGCAAGUAAAAAAAUCAAGUUCA